AUGACACAAGUCAAUGGCACGGCGAAGCCGCAUCCCAGCGGAACGGUGCCCAUCAUGAAAGCCCCAACUUCAUACGCAGCGAAGCAUAACCUGGCAGACCACUUCAUCGGUGGGAACAAGCUAGAGAAUGCCCCAUCGGGUCCUGUGAAGGACUUCGUAGCUGCAAAUGACGGCCACACCGUGAUUACGAAUGUCUUGAUUGCCAACAAUGGUAUUGCAGCAGUCAAGGAGAUUCGUUCGGUGCGAAAAUGGGCCUACGAGACCUUCGGCGAUGAGAAAGCGAUACAAUUUACUGUCAUGGCGACGCCCGAAGAUUUGCAGGCGAACGCAGAUUAUAUCCGGAUGGCAGAUCAAUACGUUGAGGUGCCAGGAGGAACGAACAACAACAACUAUGCCAACGUUGAAUUGAUCGUGGAUAUUGCGGAGCGUAUGGAUGUACACGCCGUCUGGGCUGGAUGGGGCCAUGCUUCAGAAAACCCAAAAUUACCAGAGUCCCUCGCAGCAUCACCGAACAAGAUUGUAUUUAUUGGACCCCCAGGCUCGGCUAUGCGAUCGCUAGGAGACAAGAUUUCAUCUACGAUUGUGGCACAACAUGCUAAAGUUCCUUGCAUUCCUUGGUCGGGAACCGGCGUCGAUAAGGUCGAGGUUAAUGAGCAUGGCAUUGUAACCGUUGAGGACGACAUUUACAUGAAGGGAUGUGUGCAAUCAUGGCAAGAAGGUCUCGAAAAGGCGCAGGCUAUCGGCUUCCCAGUCAUGAUCAAGGCUUCAGAAGGAGGUGGUGGCAAGGGAAUUCGCAAAGCAGAGUCCGACGAGGGUUUUGAAGCCUUGUAUAAAGCCGCUGCAAGCGAAAUUCCUGGAUCCCCCAUUUUCAUUAUGAAGCUUGCAGGCAAUGCACGGCAUUUGGAAGUCCAGUUGCUAGCUGAUGAGUACGGAAACAAUAUUUCUCUUUUCGGCAGAGAUUGCUCGGUUCAGCGUCGGCAUCAAAAGAUUAUCGAGGAGGCUCCGGUGACAAUCGCAAAACCGGCAACUUUCCAGGCAAUGGAGAAAGCUGCUGUCCGUCUCGGCCGUCUCGUGGGUUACGUUUCGGCUGGUACAGUCGAAUACCUGUAUUCCCAUGCGGAAGACAAGUUCUACUUUUUGGAACUCAACCCUAGAUUGCAGGUAGAGCAUCCCACGACCGAGAUGGUCAGCGGGGUGAACUUGCCAGCUGCACAACUUCAGAUUGCCAUGGGACUGCCAUUACAUCGCAUCCGGGACAUCAGAAUAUUAUAUGGGGCCGACCCGCACACUGCGACGGAAAUCGACUUCGACUUUUCGAAGGAGGGCAGCUCACUUACACAACGACGACCUGCUCCUAAGGGCCAUACGACAGCCUGUCGUAUCACAUCUGAAGAUCCUGGAGAGGGGUUCAAGCCUUCAAGUGGUAUGAUGCACGAGUUGAACUUUAGGAGUAGUUCCAACGUCUGGGGUUACUUCUCUGUCGGAACUGCUGGUGGUAUCCAUAGCUUUUCUGACAGUCAGUUUGGCCACAUCUUCGCUUACGGCGAGAACCGUUCGGCAUCGAGGAAGCACAUGGUUGUCGCUCUAAAGGAACUGAGUAUUAGAGGUGAUUUCAGAACCACCGUAGAGUAUCUGAUCAAGCUGCUGGAGACGCCUGCAUUCGAAGACAACACAAUUACCACUGGCUGGCUCGACGAACUUAUUUCCAACAAGCUGACCGCAGAACGACCAGACCCUAUACUAGCCGUUGUUUGCGGUGCUGUCUGUAAAGCGCACAUUGCUUCCGAGGGAUGUAUUUCUGAAUACCGAACGAGCUUGGAAAAGGGUCAAGUUCCUGCCAAGGAUAUCCUGAAAACUGUCUUCCCUAUAGACUUCAUCUAUGACGGCCACCGAUAUAAGUUCACAGCAACUCGAUCAAGUUUUGAUAGCUACCAUUUGUUCAUCAAUGGCUCUAAGUGUUCUAUUGGUGUACGGGCUCUUAGCGACGGUGGUCUGCUGGUCCUGCUUGGUGGCCGAAGCCAUAACGUCUACUGGAAGGAAGAAGUUGGAGCCACGCGUCUGAGCGUGGAUAGCAAGACCUGCCUUCUGGAGCAAGAGAACGACCCUACCCAACUACGAACACCAUCCCCAGGAAAGCUCGUGAAGUUCACCGUUGAGAAUGGUGAGCAUGUCAAGGCCGGUCAACCUUUUGCCGAAGUGGAGGUGAUGAAGAUGUAUAUGCCACUUCUUGCACAGGAAGACGGUAUUGUGCAGUUCAUCAAGCAGCCAGGAGCCACACUCGAAGCCGGAGAUAUUCUUGGUAUACUUGCGCUAGACGACCCGUCUAGAGUCAAGCACGCGCAGCCCUUCCUUGGCCAGCUUCCAGACCUUGGUCCGCCUCAAGUCGUUGGCACAAAGCCCGCCCAACGAUUUGUGCUCCUCCACGAUAUUCUGAAGAACAUCCUCGACGGAUUUGAUAAUCAAGUCAUCAUGGCCUCAAGUUUGAAGGAACUCAUUGACGUUCUCCGCGACCCAGAACUUCCAUACAGCGAAUGGAAUGCUCAAUUCUCAGCCCUUCAUGCUAGAAUGCCCCAGCGCCUCGAUGCAAAUUUCACGCAGAUUGUUGAUCGCGCAAGAUCGCGGAACGGCGAAUUCCCUGCUAAAAACAUCCAGAAGGCCCUAGCAAAGUUUCUCGACGAACAUGUUGCGGCAAAUGAUGUUGACCUUCUCAAAACCACUCUUGCACCACUGAUCGAAGUACUUGAUCGAUAUGCUGAAGGCCAGAAGGUUCACGAGUUUGAAGUCCUCUCUGGUCUUCUCGACCAGUAUGCGUCUGUUGAAAGAUUAUUCUCUGGUAGAAGUUCCCGCGACGAAGAGGUCAUCCUGAAGCUCAGAGAUGAGAACAAGGAUGAUAUGAUCAAGGUCAUUCAAACUGUGCUUUCUCACAGCAAAAUCGGUGCUAAGAACAAUCUCAUUCUGGCUAUUCUCGAAGAAUACAGACCCAAUAAGCCGAACGCUGGCAACGUUGCCAAGUAUUUCCGCUCAGCUCUGAAGAAACUUACAGAAUUGGAGUCAAGACAGACUGGAAAGGUUGCUUUGAAAGCUCGAGAGGUCCUCAUUCAAUGCGCUUUGCCAUCAUUGAAAGAGCGUGCUGGCCAGAUGGAACAUAUUCUACGCUCGUCAGUUGUCGAAUCAAGAUAUGGUGAGACGGGCUGGGAGCAUCGGGAGCCGGAUUUGGAGGUCCUCAAAGAAGUUGUAGACUCCAAGUAUACCGUCUUCGACGUGCUGCCUACAUUCUUUGGGCACCAGGAUCCUUGGGUAUCCCUCGCUGCUCUGGAAGUUUACAUCCGAAGGGCGUACCGUGCAUAUUCCCUCAAGAAAAUCGAAUAUCACAACGAGUCCACGGAGCCUCCCUUCAUUGUCUCAUGGGACUUCGUCCUCCGCAAGGUUGGCGUAUCUGAGUAUGGUAUGCCCAUCCAGUCUUCGGCGCCAUCUACACCCGCAACUCCUUCCUACGAAAGCGGCAAUCCAUUUAAGCGGAUCAGCUCCAUCAGUGAUAUGUCAUACCUCGUCAACCAGACCGACCAUGAGCCAACAAGAAAGGGUGUCAUUGUUCCUGUUCAGUACCUGGAUGAGGCUGAAGAAUAUUUGAUGCGCGCUCUCGAAGCCCUGCCACUUGUAGGAGCCAAGAAACGUCCUCAACCCAAAAAUGGCCUGAUGCCCGAACUAGGUGGCAAGCGAAAGCCCACUCUUAAGAUUGAGAGCAACGACGAACUCACUGCAGUUUGCAAUGUGGCCGUCCGCGAUGCCGAAAGUCUUGAUGAUAAUGAGACGCUCAUCAGAAUCGGUGCUAUCGUGAAAGACUACAAAGAAGAGCUUUUGGCCCGUCGCAUUCGACGGUUGACAUUCAUCUGUGGCCACAAGGAUGGGUCAUACCCAGGAUAUUUCACCUUCAGAGGCCCCACAUACGAGGAAGACCAAAGCAUCCGUCAUAUCGAGCCUGCGUUGGCUUUCCAGCUUGAGUUAGGAAGACUGUCCAAAUUCAGGAUCAAGCCAGUUUUCACCGAAAACCGCAAUAUCCACAUCUACGAAGCCGUUGGCAAGGAAGUGGAGGGUGAUAAGCGAUACUUCACACGUGCCGUUGUUCGUCCUGGAAGAUUAAGGGAUGAGAUUCCAACUGCCGAGUAUCUGAUUUCCGAAUCAGACAGACUCAUGAACGAUAUCUUGGAUGCCUUAGAGAUCAUUGGUAACAACAACUCCGAUCUUAACCAUAUCUUCAUCAAUUUCUCGCCAGUCUUCCCUCUUCAACCACCUGAGGUGGAGAAAGCUCUCGGCGGGUUUUUGGAACGCUUCGGUCGGCGUCUUUGGCGCCUUCGCGUUACCGGUGCUGAGAUCCGUAUCAUCUGCAAUGAUCCUGUCACAGGCCUGCCAUAUCCACUUCGUGUCGUCAUCUUCAAUACUUCAGGAUAUGUUAUCCAAGUCGAGAUGUAUGCCGAGCGCAAAUCUGAGAAGGGUGGAGAAUGGGUCUUCCACAGCAUUGGUGGUACCACCAAGGUUGGAUCUAUGCAUUUGAGACCCGUUAGCACACCAUAUCCCACCAAAGAGUGGCUGCAACCAAAGCGGUACAAGGCCCAUCUCAUGGGAACUCAGUACGUCUACGACUUCCCUGAGCUGUUCAGACAAUCCAUCCAAAAUAGCUGGGCGAAGGCUGUUAGCAAGCAUACAUCUUUGGCCGACAAACAACCAGCCAUUGGCGAAUGUAUUGAUUAUAGUGAGCUUGUACUGGAUGACCGGGACAAUCUCGCUGAAGUCUUCCGUGAGCCAGGUACCAACACUCAUGGCAUGGUCGGUUGGAUUGUCACAGCCAGGACACCCGAGUAUCCUCGUGGGCGCAAGUUCGUCAUUGUUGCCAAUGAUAUCACAUUUAAGAUCGGUAGUUUUGGACCCAAAGAGGACCAAUUCUUCAACAAAUGUACAGAAUUGGCAAGGAAACUCGGCAUACCGCGCAUCUACCUAUCCGCUAACUCCGGUGCUCGUAUUGGUAUGGCAGAGGAGCUCAUUCCCCACUUCAAUGUUGCUUGGAAUGAUCCUGAUAAGCCUGAGUCUGGUUUCAAGUAUCUUUACCUGACUGCCGCGGCCAAGAAGCGAUUCGAAGAUGGCAAGUCCAAGGAUGUCAUUACUGAGGAGAUUGUUGAGGAUGGUCAGACGAGACACAAAAUCACCACCAUUAUCGGUGCGGAAGAUGGUCUCGGAGUUGAAUGCUUGAAGGGCUCUGGCUUAAUCGCAGGCGCUACUAGCAGAGCGUACGAGGAUAUCUUCACCAUCACCCUAGUGACAUGUCGAUCAGUUGGUAUUGGUGCCUAUUUGGUCCGUUUGGGCCAGCGUGCGAUCCAGAUCGAAGGCCAACCAAUCAUCUUGACUGGUGCGCCUGCUAUUAACAAGCUCCUCGGCCGCGAAGUGUACACUUCCAACCUUCAACUUGGUGGCACCCAGAUCAUGUACAAGAAUGGUGUUUCGCAUAUGACGGCUACUGACGACUUCGAGGGUGUAUCUAAGAUCGUUGAGUGGCUAGCUUAUGUUCCCGACAAGAAAAACAACCCUCUUCCCAUCGGCCCAGCUGUUGACUCAUGGGAUCGCGAUAUUGUCUAUACUCCAUCUCCUAGACAGGCAUAUGAUGUGAGGUGGCUGAUUGCUGGCAAGGACGACGAGGAAGGCUAUAUGCCUGGUCUUUUCGACAGAGAUUCCUUUGUUGAGACUCUAGGCGGCUGGGCAAAGACUGUUGUUGUCGGCCGGGCUCGCCUAGGUGGUAUUCCCAUGGGUGUUAUUGGUGUCGAGACUCGAUCAGUCGAGAAUAUUACUCCUGCUGAUCCCGCCAACCCGGAUUCCAUCGAGCAGAUUACCAAUGAGGCUGGUGGCGUCUGGUACCCCAACUCGGCUUUCAAGACCGCGCAAGCCAUCAAAGAUUUCAACAAUGGUGAGCAAUUGCCAUUGAUGAUCCUGGCCAACUGGAGAGGUUUCUCUGGUGGACAGCGUGAUAUGUACAAUGAAGUCCUCAAGUAUGGCUCGUACAUCGUGGACGCUCUUUGCAAGUACGAACAGCCAGUCUUCAUCUACAUCCCGCCUUUCGGAGAACUGCGUGGUGGUUCAUGGGUUGUUGUUGAUCCUACCAUUAACCCAGACUACAUGGAAAUGUAUGCCGACGAGGAUGGUCGUGGUGGUGUUCUGGAGCCCGAGGGUAUUGUCAACAUCAAGUAUCGCCGGGAAAAGCAGCUUGAGACAAUGGCACGCCUAGAUCCCGAGUACGCCUCCCUUCGCAAACAGUUGGCCGACAAAUCCUUGAGCCAAAAUGAAAUGAACGACGUCAAGGCCAGGGUCACCGAACGGGAACAACUUCUGCUACCAGUUUAUACCCAAAUUUCUCUACAAUUCGCCGAUCUCCAUGACCGAGCUGGGCGAAUGAAGGCCAAGGACGUUAUCAGAAUGCCACUCAAGUGGACUGAGGCUCGUAGAUUCUUCUACUGGCGCGUCCGCCGUCGUGUGAAUGAGGAGUACAUUCUUAAGCGCAUGUCUACCGCUUCCAAGAACCCGCUCUCAUCAAGGACCCGCCACCUGGAGAUCCUUGCGGCUUGGACUGGUAUUCCCAACUUCCCAGAAGCGGACCGAGAUGUGGCUAUGUGGUAUGAAGAGAAUAGAAAGACGGUCCACGAGAAGGUUGACCUGAUGAAGACGGAGGGUGUUGCAUUCGAUGUUGCGAACCUCCUGAGAAGCAAUAGCAAGGGUGGCUUGAAGGGUGUGCAGCAGGUCUUGAGCAUGUUGCCUGCUAAUGAGCGUGAGGAGGCGCUGAGGUUCUUGAGCUCGACUUAG